AUGGCUGACUGCCGUCCUACCACUGGCGAUGCGACGCGCGACAUGGUGCGGGACAAGUACGGCUCGUCGGUAGUAGCGCUCACCUCCAACUCGACGGACAAGGCGUCGUGCUGCGGCGCCAAGUCCGGGGUGCUCACUGGCGUCGACCCCAUCACCAAAGACCUGUACAGUGCCGAGGAGGCGGCCUCUGUGCCCUCGGACGCGAUCCUCGCGUCGUUUGGGUGCGGCAACCCCACCGCACUGGCCAACCUCACCGCGGGACAGGUCGUGCUCGACCUCGGCUCGGGCGGCGGCAUCGACGUCAUCCUGUCCGCCAAGCGCGUCGGACCCACGGGCAAGGCGUACGGCCUGGACAUGACGGACGAGAUGCUGUCGCUCGCGCGCCGCAAUGCCGCCACGGCGAGGGCCACCAACGUCGAGUUUCUCAAGGGCCACAUCGAGGCCGUGCCGCUGCCCGACGCGUCCGUGGACGUCAUCAUCUCCAACUGCGUCAUCAACCUGUCGCCCGACAAGGACCUGACGCUCGCCGAGGCGUUCCGUGUCCUCCGCCCCGGGGGCCGCUUGGCCGUGUCGGACAUUGUGCUCUCGCGCACCCUCCCGCCCGCGACGCAGCGCAGCCUCGAGCUCUGGGCAGGGUGUAUUGCCGGCGCGCUCGUCGGCGAAGACUAUGCGGCCAAGCUCGCCAACGCCGGGUUUACCGAUAUCGAGUUUGAGGUCACGCGCGUGUACUCGUCCGACGACGCGCGCGAGAUUGUCAGCGGCGUCGACGAGCCCAGCGACGCAGACGCACAGCUGACAGCGAUUGACGGGGCGGCUAUGAGCUGCUUUAUCCGCGCCAAGAAGCCACAGGUGUAG